CGCUCCCAGCUGCUCCCGACGUUCAAGUGGUUGAACGCAUCCACAGAGAGAAUCGUCUGUUAUCUCUGUUAUCGUACCAUUGCUUGUUUCGCUGUCUUCACUUUUCGAUGAAUCCAAUGUUAUUUCGUCGAGUGUAAUUGAAAAAGAACAAAUCACUUGUUGGUUCCGCCAUUUUGUAAUCGCACCAAAUCGAACAUGACGUGAACGCAACCAGUGUCACCGCGUUCACUUCAAAUCGAACACGUUUUAGCGUUAUUAUCGCGAUUAUCGCUGUCAGUGUCCAAGUAGAAUGUACCCAUAGCUUCGAUUUUUGUUCAGAUUCGUCCUUCUGUUGGUUGAUAAAAAGGACCGUGAGUCAAACGAAUGUUGUUGUAACAAAUUUUUCAAGAAAGGUGUAAUAAACUGUAAACAAUGAAAACGUCAGUGACAGAUCCUUGGAGCAAUGGCACUAAUCAUCCAAAUAAUGCCAACGAAAACGAGUUCAACGACGAUGCACGAUUCGAAGAUUCAUUCGUCGAUGAAAAUUUUGAUAAUUCGAGAUUAUCCGACUCCGAUCAAUAUUUGGCUAGACUCUACUCGAGACUAAAGCAUAUAAAAGGUGGUACUUCCAAAAAAGAUUUAGUGAACUCGUUAUCUGAUGUAAAGGCCGAUUGCAUAGCUCGUCUGGUUACAAAUGGUCAGUGUUUUGAGACCGAGGAAGAAGCUUUUGUUGCUGCAAAUCCAGUUAUAAGACACAUAGCUCCCCAUUUGCAAGCUUUGACAGCAAGCGAACUAGUUCACCUUUUGAAAGCGGAUGUCCUUCAGACUGUUACUGAUGAACAAAACGGUCGUGAAGAAGAUUCACAGUAUGAAGCAGUUGAGAGGAUUGGAGAAUCACCGAAAGAUGACCAAUUCAAUUCAGGAAUGUCCUUGAUAAAGCCUCCUGAUGGAAAUCCACAUGCGAUUGAACAAAUGACAGACGAAAAAAGUACGAACGCUGAGCUAUAGUAAAUCUCUUUGAAAAUUAAAUUCUAUUAAAUUAUAUUACAAAUGUUGAACGAAUAUUGGAAAAGUGACUGUAAGGUAGUUUUGCGAAUUGUAGAUCUUUGAAUACACGAAGAUAUUUCCAAAUGAAAAAGUGAAUGAGUGAAACUCGUCCAGACGUUAUGCAAUCCGGUAAAUAAAAAUCGACCGAUUUUCAGCGUAUUUGAUGGGAAAUUGAAAAAUAUAUUUGUGAAUACUACACAAAUAAGUGCAUGAAAAAUGUAUUUAAUAUCUAUGAGGCAAAAAAUGUGGAGUCAAAAUGUCGAUGCAAAUAGAGUAUGUUUACAAAAAAAUAUUCGUGCUGAUUUUCGUGACAUGGGACCCAUUAACUUGUGAAUGUUCUGCAUUGACUUUAGUUAGAUCUGAACUUUUUCGAUAUAACUUUGUGCCUAGUUUAAAUUUGGAGAUAAAAAAAUGUUCAAUCGCGUUAGUGACAAUAUAAAUGAAAAAAGGCCGAGGAAUUUAACUUUUUCUGGAUGUUUCAAACCCAAGUCCAAAAAGCGAAAAAAGGUCUUUUAAUAAUCAAAA